AUGCAACUUGGGCACUUCUGUGAUCUUGAGAAUCUCUACUACAAAAUCCCUACUUCUGAUGUUUCCACUUGUGUACUACUACCUGUAUCAAAUCGCAUCCCAUCGCGGAUCUGCUCGCGCUUGGAUGCCCAAGGACUAUCUAAAACCACACUCGAAUCAAAGAUCGAGGCGUCUUAUUUUCGACACGGGAGCUCAGUCUUCGUCAGGUUUAGCUGUACCGUAGCCGAAUUAUCCAGACAUAUCUGGAAAGAACGACCACUAUCAUCUCGCCAGAAGUGGUUCAAAAGUUUAGAUUUCCUAUUCACAAAUGUGAUGGAUGUCCACUCUUCUUCACCCACUUCCGCAGAAUGUGGCCCUACAGCGAACGGUAGUAAUGGUGAAGUGCGAGAGGGUUUACUCAAGAGUGACACUGGUGAAACACCUUCGGGAACAAGGUCUUCGGGUGGCACAACGCCUAUCCGCAUAAUUUCCGCAAUCAAUCAUCCCCGAGAAGGCGUUCAGUCCCAUCGCCUACCUCCUGGUGUUCGAGUUGUGCGUGGAUCAACAGUUUGUGGCACCAGUGGAGUGCGUUCACCCACUCAUCAUGUGCGUACAGUAUUGGGAACUGGUGCUUCACAUCCUGGUCGCAUGGUGAGCUCUGGAUUGCUAUCAUCUGGUGCAGCAGGAGGCAUUCGAUCGGCACCAAUUCGAACAGUAGUUGGUGCAGGACAAGGUAUGCGAGUUGUGCAGCAGGCUGGUCGUACUUUGAUCGCUGUUCCCAGUGGUUCUCGUCUGGCUGCCACGCUUUCGUCGGUUGCGGCGAGAGCAGCACCCGUAGAGCUCACCACUACUGCUAACAAUGUUCCAGCUAUCUCUGUUGUGGACGUCAAUCGGACAAAACCUAGUGACAAACUGGAUUCUGACGAGCAGCUUUCGGAUGGCUCGGUCAGCACCGAUAUUCGUGAAAGUUCUGUUGAGCUGAACGAUGAAGGCGAAGUGGCCGUGCAGAAUGCAAACUGCAUCACGAGUGUGGAUGGAUCUGAAGCAUCUACUUCGCAGCAUGAGGAGCCAUCUUUGGUGCUGUCGGAACCGACCUCCGCCUCUGAAGAGAAGGAAAUGACUGGUUUGACUAGCAGUGGAAUGGUUACAAGGCGCAUGGCACGCGGAAAUGGCGCCUCUACCAAAGCUGUUGAUGCUACUCAAACAGUUGAGACUCUGGACCUAGGAUACUCUAGAAUGGACCUCCCACUAGCUCCUCCUCCACGCCGACGAGCUACAAAAAGGCCUAAGUACUCUCUUUCAACGGGUGAACUUGUGCGAGCGCAGUAUAUCCUUCCACCCGAUCAACUACCUCGUCGUGUCUCAGUGCCACGUGAAGAAAAUCCUUUGAGCUUGACUGAGCAGGCUCGAUUGUCUCGGAGGCCGAUAGUCGUUCAUUCGUCUGGCGUUGAGUUUGCGAUCCCUAUGUCGCUGGAAGCACAUCCUAUGAAGUUAGAUGAUAUAGCUCCGGAAAAUCCACGUGAAGACAUAUUACGAGAUGACGACGGUGUACCUUACUGUUAUCUCUGUCAUUCAGUUUUGAAAACAUGGCAAGGCUAUGAAUACCAUGUCAUGGCUGUUCAUUUGAAAUAUCGACCCUACCGUUGCAUGUACUGUAUGAAAGAGUACUUCUACACAGAAGAAGAAGGAUUGAGUCAUGUCCGAUCUCAGCAUCAUGGGAAAACAGUAACGCUGUUGCGAGAGUACCACGACGACAAAGAAAAGCAGCUUGAAGAUGCGUUCUGUGCUCUUUUCAUGGCUGUCCGUGAAGGCCCAAACUUCACCGCGGAGAGAGCUGCAGCGAUCGAGAAGGCGGCAUUCAUGCAUUUGCAAAAAUUCAAGCGAAUGCGAAUGAAAGUUCCUGAGUUUGCAACUAGAGCGAAGGUUAUGCGAGAUUUUGCGUCGCAAACUUUUUCCACCAUGUCCUCUCCGAACUCCCUGCUGCCGACAUUAAAAUAUAUGUCCCACCCACGGCAUCAAUAUGAACACUUACAACAUCAUCUUGAACCAUUACAACAUCCACAAAUCUCCAUGCCAUUGAAAGUGAUGGAUGUAGAACAUCCAGAUGGACAGCAGAGAUUUGUACGCAUGAGUAAUGGUGAGUUGGCAGAAAUUAACGAUCGGUACGUCAUUGAAGGGGAAGAAGAAGAUCCCGUGGGAGAAUACAUCGAAGUGGAUUAUGUGGAUGAGAUAAUUGAGGAGGAAGUUGGACCAGAAAGAGAGGAGCAAGAGAUGUCUGUUCGCUUUUGGCAGAAGAUGUUGUGA